AUGGCGUCAUCCGAGGUCGACCAGAAGUUCCUGGGCAGGCUUGCCAAAGCUGUUGAGCAAGAUAAUCCUCUUCUUUCCUCUAUGCUCUUCAAAAUCCUGGGCCUUUCACUCAAUCUUGCCGAGCAGCUCAUCGCCGCCAAAAGAGCCAAAAAACCCGACCCCUCUACAUCAACCAUAUACCUCAAGCGCGUAUUGCAUAUAAUAUGGCUUUCUCGUGAAGGACUGGUCAUGCUGCAGCAGUACGUCAUCCCCAUGGUUGGAAAUUACGUCGAGUUGAAGGUCCUGGCCUAUAAGUUGCGUGCCAGUUUCCACCACAUCUUUGUUCUGUUCCAUAACCAGCCUCCUGUUUCCGACAUGGCCAGCUGGACACCAGAGGCAAGAGAGGCCACCUUUGCUUCUGUGGCACAGGCAGAAGCUAGCAGAGCUGAAGCAUCGGAGGGGGAUAUCAUCUCCAGGUCAUCAUCCGUCCAACCUACUCAUCCUCUAGAAGGCGGCCCGGUCGGCCCACCACCGGGAUUCGAAGCUCACGUGGCGUUACUGCCGCCGUCAUUCUUGUUACCAGAAGAUGACUUUCUCCCGACAGCACACCGACACUUCGCGGAAGCAGUCAAGCUUGCGGAUGAGUUACUCUGGGGCUCCCAUUCGUUGCGGCUAUCUGUCAAGACUGAAUACGCCGCCUUUCUUUAUGAGUGCGUCCAUGACGCUGAUGCGAGCCGGAAGCUGGCGAAAGACACCAUAGCCGAGGUUUACGAUGCUACUGAGGGCAUGGACGACGACAUGUUCCACGAUGCAUGCGAACUAGUCACCGUUCUCGGAAAGAUGAUGAAACGGGGGUUGGCAUCCUCAAACAACACAUUGCUCGGCAAAGGUCCAGGAUCCAGCCAAGUGCUUCUACCCAAAGAAACACAAACGCACCCACCUGGCAUGGAAAACGCCAUAUGA